AUGGCAUCAGGAUAUCUGACACCAACACACAUCAGCUGGCAGCCAUCACUCAAUGCAAGCGCGCACCAUACUGACAGAUAUGCCAACACCGAGUUGACCGUGAGGCGAGGACAGGCCUUCACUAUUACCCUGUACUUCAACAGACCAAAGCAGACUGGGGAGAGCCUAGCAUUUGUCACCGAAAUAGGACCAUCGCCCUCACUGUCCCAUCGUACAAAGGCCGCGUUUAACGUCUCCGAGGUGGGGGCGAGCGGCUGGAGUGCUGUGCAAGGGCACAGCGAGUCCGGCUACACCAACUUCACAAUAUCCAGCCCAGCCAAUGCUGCCAUUGGGCGGUACAACCUGAUCCUCCAGGUGACCUCGGGGAACAAGAUCUUCUCCAGAUUCCUGGGGCAGUUUGUGUUACUCUUCAACCCUUGGUGCCCAGGUGAUGAUGUCUACAUGGCUGAUGAAAAUGAGAGACAAGAAUACGUUCUAAAUGAAAAUGGAAUAAUCUUUGUGGGCAAUGCAAAGUACAUUGAAGCAAGAGGAUGGUAUUACGGACAGUUUCAAGAUCACCUUCUAAACAUCUGUCUCACUAUGCUUGAUCUGAGCCUGUACUAUCGUCAGGACCCAGCCAUCGAUGUAUCCCGAAGAGGAGAUCCUAAAUACGUGGGCCGAGUAAUCAGUUCUAUGAUCAAUGGAAAUGACAACGACAACGGAGUUCUCCUGGGGAAGUGGGAAGGAAGUUUCCAUUCCCAUGAGAACCCAUCCCGAUGGGACGGCAGCGUGGUCAUCCUUCAGAAAUGGCGCCAGGACAACUACAGGCCUGUUCAGUACGGCCAGUGCUGGGUUUUUGCAGGUGUGAUGUGUACAGUUCUGCGGUGCUUGGGGAUUCCAACUCGUUUGGUUUCCAAUUUUAACUCUGCCCAUGAUGUGGAUAGAAACCUGAGUAUUGAUAAGUACUAUGACAGCUCUGGAAAGAGUCUUAAUAUCGGCAAGGAUUCCACAUGGGAUUACCACGUCUGGAAUGAAAGCUGGUUCAUUCGUCCAGACCUGGGAACAUCAUACAAUGGAUGGCAGGUUUUAGACGCAACUCCACAAGAACAAAGCAGAGGAUUAUUUCAGUGUGGCCCUGCAUCUGUCACAGCUGUCAAAGAAGGUGACGUAGACUUGGAUUACGACACUUUAUUUGUGUACACGGAGGUGAAUGCCGAUUGCAACAGAUGGAUUGUAUAUAAUGAUGGAACCAAGAAAAGAGUUUAUUGUGAUACUGAAAUAAUUGGCAGGUUUAUCAGCACCAAAGCUGUGGGCAGCAAUUCUCGUAUGGAUGUCACCUAUAAUUACAAAUAUCCAGAAGGCUCUUCUGAGGAAAGACGAGUUUAUAAGAAGGCCUUGGCCAAAAUAUUUGGAUCAAACAUCACGGAGGGACACGCAGAAUCUCCAGGCGGGAGAUCUUCUGAGACAGUUAGAAACCCUGGGAUCUCUGGGAAAUUCAAGCUGGCUGAACCUCCAGUGUUUGGCAAAGACAUUACCCUAAUCUUAAUUCUCAAUAACCUGUCGUCUGACCACAAGACCGUGAAGGUGGACAUGAGUGCGUCGACCAUCCUGUACACAAGGAGAGCAGUGGCAGAGAUCCUGAAGGCAACCACUUCUGUGGAGCUUGGUUCUAAACAAGGAAAACAUAUCCGGUUAAAGAUCCCUUAUUCUUAUUAUGGAAAAUAUCUGACUACUGACAAAAGGAUCCAGGUUACUGCUUUGUGUGAAGUCAUGAACAUGCACGGGGUAAAGCUGCUGGUGGAGAAGACAAUCAUUUUAGAGGACACAAACAUCAUCAUUAAGAUUCCUCGGCGGGUGGUAGUGAACAAAGCUGUGACUCUGGAGAUCUCCUAUGCCAAUCCCCUCCCUGAACCUGUGAGCCGCUGCGUACUGCUGGUGACUUUGAUGAACCAACAGGUCAAGAUACAUCUGGCACAACUGGCACCGAGGGAGAGAUCAAAAAUUUAUUUUGAAUUCACACCUCGCAGGGCUGGUCCCUUACAGCUGCAAGUGGACUUCUCUUGUGACAAAUUCUCACACGUUAAGGGAUUUGUAACCAUUGCAGUAGCACCUGCGUAA